AUCUCAUCAGAGAGAAGAUGCUGUAAGCAAUGUAUCCACAUCCUUUAUUACUGUAAAAUCUCUCUGUAUCCUGUAGAUAAAACCAGCCACGAUAUUAUAAACCACAUGCUGACAGACUGUAAAGACAGAAGGACUCAUCUGAUCCUGUCUUGCUGCACUUCUGCCACCUUAAUGGCCACCAGUGCCAAAAGGCCAUCGCUUGGAGCUGUGGCUCCUCGUAAGAAAGCAAGUCCUAAACCUGAACUGACAGAAGAAAUAAGGCAGGAGAUCCGAGAAGCCUUUGAGCUGUUCGACACAGACGGCUCAGGCUACAUCGAAGUGAAGGAGCUCAAGGUUGCCAUGAGGGCUCUCGGGUUUGAGCCCAAAAAAGAGGAGAUCAAGAAAAUGAUUGCAGAUGUAGAUAAGGAUGGCACUGGCAAGAUCUCGUUUGAUGACUUCCUGGCAAUCAUGAGCCAAAAGAUGGCUGAAAAAGACUCCAAAGAGGAAAUCCUAAAGGCCUUUCGCCUGUUUGACGAUGAUGAAACCGGUAAGAUAUCUUUCCGCAACCUGAAGCGAGUUGCCAAAGAGCUCGGUGAGAACCUUACUGACGAGGAGCUUCAGGAGAUGAUUGAAGAAGCAGACCGAGAUGGUGAUGGAGAAGUGAGCCAGCAGGAGUUUCUUCGUAUCAUGAAAAAAACAUGUUUGUACUGAAAAAGAAGAUUAGACAGCAUCAUAUUAGCAGUAAUUUGGUUUCAUCAGACACUGAAAUGCACAAACAAAAAGAUGAUCGGGGUGAUAAAUAAAAAGCAUCAAAGAGUAUCUUAUAAAAGAAUAUCUUAUGCCUACAGGUUACUGUAUUUGAGAAGCUGAUUUAAGACUUAUUGGUGUUACUUCAGAUGGUUGUUUAUAAUGACUAUAUUGAAUACUUUAAGACAUAAAAAAAAACAGUAAAGUGUCAAAAAAAUAUUUAAUUUGGGAAAAAUUUUAAAUACCACAAAAAUGUUGGAUUUUUGAUCAAUGUUGACUUUUGCAGUGCCUACAACAGCCUUUACGUAUAAGAUUUUGAUCUUAGCAUUAAUCUAGUGCAAGUGUAUACUGUAUGUUAACGUGACUAUUUAUCUUGAUCAUGUUGCUUACACUUCCUGAGGGCAAUCUUUCAGGGAGAGCUGUUGUAUGCUGAGCUUGCUGUGUGUUUUCCCUUUUAGGUUUUUCCCCUUUACUUAUUCCAUGUCCGUUAAAAAAUACUAAGCUGAUAUGUAAGUUCACAUUUUUCUUUCAUUCAGCAUUUCAUAUGCAAAUACAAAUACAAGGGGUGUUCAAGUCUGGGAUGUAAAUGAAGUCAUAAAAUAGAUUGACAUUACAGAAGACUUCAAAGGCAGAUGAGACUCUGCAGUUGGCUCCGAGUCACCUCGAUGGGAAUCGGCUGGGAGUUAUUGCCAUUAGCCCCCAUACAGUCCUGAGUACAUGCUAAGUAAUCUUUCUACCUUGAUGGUGUCCAUACACUAGAUAAGUUCAUUAGUGUAGCAGGGGAUUAUAAAGACGCAUAAAUCAAGUUUUUAACCAUCACUAUAACUGUGUUCUGAUAUUCAAAAAUGUCCCAGUUUGACUUGAAUGCCCCUUGUAUAUUAAACUGUGGCUCUUGAAUAUUACCCCUUACAUUUUAGUUAAAAAAGGAAGGAUAGAAAAUUAUUUAUUUUUAUUUUAAUAAAUACAAAUAUUUUUAUCAAAUAAUCUUUAGACAGUUCUAUGUAUUUAGGACAAUGGUAGAUGAGCUUGCCUUAUAUGAAGAACCACAUCUGUCAGACACAAAAAUAAAAUAUAUAUUAUUUAUUGCUGUCUUAAUUAUUUUUAUUGAGGCCUAUUUUAUUUUAUUUUUUUAUUAUUAUUAUUAUUUUAUGUUUCUGUUUUUGUUUGAUUUUCAGUACAAAACAAUGUAAAUCCAUUCUGGUAAUUUUGUGAAAAAGUUUUGAAAAGAGAAUUGCAAAUACUAGAGUAAUUUUUGUGUGCAUGUUUUUUUUUGAGGCAAAGACAAAAAUGCCAUAAUAUAGCAAAAUGUGAUUUUUGUAUUAUUUUGCUAAAGCUUUAAAUAAAGUUUUCGACAGUUUUGUGACAAUUAAUAAAUCACUAAAAA